AUGGCGACGCAUACCAUUUCUCGCUCUAUCCUCUGCCGACCGGCGCAAUCUCUUUCCUCUCUGUUCACUCGAUCCUUUGCUUCAUCUGCGAAAACCCCUGCUUACACGUCCUCUCUGCUGAGCCGAUCCCGUCCACUCGUCGCCGCUUUUUCCUCCCUUGUCCGUGGUGGUCUUGUGUCUGCUAAAGGUCUCUCGACUCAGGCUACAUCUUCUUCUCUGAACGAUCCGAAUCCCAACUGGUCCAACAGACCACCCAAGGAGACGAUCCUGCUCGAUGGUUGCGAUUUCGAGCACUGGCUUGUCGUUGUGGAGGCACCUGAGGGUGAUCCUACUAGAGACGAAAUCAUUGACAGCUACAUCAAAAUCCUAGCCCAGGUUGUUGGCAGUGAGGAAGAAGCGAGGAUGAAGAUCUACUCUGUGUCAACUCGGUGCUACUAUGCAUUUGGAGCUCUUGUGUCUGAAGAUCUUUCUCACAAGCUCAAAGAGUUGCCAAAGGUGCGCUGGGUUCUUCCUGAUUCUUACCUCGAUGUGAAGAACAAAGAUUACGGAGGGGAACCUUUCAUUGAUGGGAAGGCUGUUCCUUAUGAUCCUAAGUACCAUGAGGAGUGGAUAAGGAACAAUGCUAGAGCAAAUGAAAGAAACAGGCGCAAUGACCGUCCUCGCAACUUUGACAGAAGUAGAAACUUCGAGAGGAGGAGAGAGAACAUGUCAGGAGGUCCUCCUCCCCAACGUUCUCCCAUGGGUGGCUCUGCACCACCUCCUCCACCUCACAUGGGUGGCUCUGCGCCUCCUCCACCUCACAUGGGUGGCUCUGCGCCUCCUCCUCCACCUCACAUGGGACAGAACUACGGGGGACCUCCGAACAACAUGGGAGGACAAAGGCCUCCACCAAACUAUGGAGGAGCACCACCCCAGAACAACAUGGGAGGACAGAGGCCACCACCAAACUAUGGAGGACCAGCAGCACCACCACCAAACUACGGAGGAGCUCCACCACAAAGCAACAUGGGAGGAGGGCCGCCACCAAACUAUGGAGCACCACCUCCACCGAACUAUGGAGGAGCACCACAGAACAACAUGGGCGGAGGUCCACCAAAUGCAGGAUGGUCAGGUAACAACAACAACAACUACCAGCAGCAGAGUGGUGGGAUGCAGCAGCCACAGUACCAGAACAACUAUCCACCUAACCGGGAUGGCAGCGGAAACCCGUACCAGGGUUAA